UGCAGUAUAAGUUAGUAGAAAUAUUAUUCCCUCUUCGUCCUCCAGUCCAACAGGGUUCGCUGCUGGCUCGAAGCUCGGAGUCUCUGUUUCCUGUCUCUGGUUGUCUUUGUCCCCUCAGAGACUCAGAGUGCAGAGAGGAGGAACAUGUCCGCCGUGGAGCUGCUGCGGGUGUCGGUACAUGAGCGGAUCAGCGCUGCCGCUGAAGACUUCCUGCUGCAGGUGGAGGAAGGAAGAGGAAAGGCUCGAGUCCCGGAGCUGAGAGCGAAGCUCAACGAGCGGCUAAUGGCGGCGGUGGAGCAGAUCCUCGCGGGGCUUGAGAAAACCUUGUUAGAGUACGAGGGCCGAGUGGAGCGGGCAGAGCAGUCCGAGCGGGAGAUCUGCCGUCAGAGGAGGCUGCUCGAGGCCGUGAUGCAGCCCAAAGUCUGGCUGCACAGAGCAGUGUGUCCUGCAGACAUCAAGCAACUGAUGGUGAUUAUAGAAGAGGUUCCCCCUGAGGAGCAGAAAGAUAACAGAGCGGACUGUGGAGGACCAGACCCAGCCAGGAACUCAGAUCCUGGUGGACGUUUACAACCAGGUCCUGAGGACGAGACUGAAGACUCUUCUGAGACUGAAGACAGUGAGGAUGAUUGGAUGGAGACCAGGGAACCUCAGACUGGUUUGAAUACAAACAUUCAGCAACUGAUGGUGAAUAAAGAAGAGGUUCCCCCUGAGGAGCAGCAUUGGAGCCCCCUUGUGGACCAGGAGGACCCUGAGCCCCACCACAUUCAAGAGGAACAGGAGGAGCCGUGGACCAAUCAGGAUGGACAGCAGCUUCAAGGACUGGAGGAGGCUGAUAUCAAGUUCACAUUGACUCCUGUCGCUGUGAAGAGUGAAGAAGAUGAAGAGAAACUUAAAUCGUCAAAGCUUCAUCGGAGUGAGACGAAGAAGAAUAGAGCGGACUGUGGAGGACCAGAACCAGCCAGGAACUCAGGUCCUGAUGGACGUUUACAACCAGGUCCUGAGGACAAGACUGAAGACUCUUCUGAGACUGAAGAGAGUGAGGAUCAUUGGAUGGAGACCAGGGAACCUCAGACUGGUUUGAAUACAAGAAAUAACAAACAGCCUCUAAGUGAUAUUGGAUGUAAGACAGAAAAAAAAUCGUUAUGUUGCUCUGAGUGUGGUAGAAGAUUUAACCAAAGGGGCCAUCUAAAUAUCCAUAUGAGGAUUCAUACAGGAGAGAAACCGUUUAGUUGCUCCGAGUGUGGUAAACGAUUUAACCAUAGGGGCCAUCUAAAUAUCCAUAUGAGGAGUCAUACAGGAGAGAAAACGUUUAGUUGUCAUGAGUGUGGUAAACGAUUUAACCAAAAGGGUGUUCUAAAUAUACAUAAGAGGAUUCAUACAGGGGAGAAACCGUUUAGUUGCUCUGAGUGUGGUAAAAGAUUUAGCCGUAGGGACAGUCUAAAUAUCCAUAUGAGGAAUCAUACAGGAGAGAAACCAUUUAGUUGCUCUGACUGUUGUAAAAGAUUUAGUCAAAGGUGCGAUCUAAAUACACAUAUGAGGAGUCAUACAGGAGAGAAACCGUUUAGGUGCUCUGAGUGUGAUAAAGGAUUUAGUCAUAGGGGCAAUCUAAAUACACAUAAGAGGAUUCAUACGAGAGAGGAACCGUUUUGUUGAUCUGAGUGUGGUAAAAGAUUAAAGAUUCAGUCCUAUUGUACAAGACAUUUGAGGAUUCAUAAAGGAGAGAGGCGACACAGUUGCAACCUUUGCAACAAAAGACUUAUUAGGAUUUAUCAACAGAUAUUCAUAUUAUACAUAAUCAUAGUUCACUGUUUUAAAUAGACUUAAAAGUUGUUAUGUCCCUAUAAAAUAUAAAUCAUUGAAAAAAACAAAAGAUCUGUGUUGAUAUAUCUUGUUUUUAAUGAUUUCUACAUAAUUUCUCUAUUUUUCAAAAUGUCCUUCAUGUUGUUUUAUGGUUAAAGUGUGUUCAUUGCACAGUAUGAAUGUGUGUUUUGAACUAGUUCAUAUCAUUAAAUAAGUUUGUUUAACACAAUGGUUUCUUGGUUCGUGAGAUUCAAUGACAGUGUAUGUUCUCCUUCAUGUAUUGAAUGUGUUUCCAAGAAUAAAAGUCUAA